ACAUUGUUGUUUUUGUAUGUCUACCUGAUUUUGUUCUCCUCCUCUCUUUUCUCAUCUUGUAAAUUAAGGAGACAGUUUUAUCUUAAUGGCAUGCACAAGCCUGGUGAUGUGAUUCUGGGUGGGCUGUUUGAGGUUCACUACACCUCUGUCUUCCCUGAGCUGACAUUCACUUCAGAGCCAAAUCAGCUAAGUUGCCAAGGCUUUGACCCUCCAGGGUUCAGGCAUGCCAUGACCAUGGCCUUUGCAAUUGAUGAGAUCAACAAAAACUCCAACUUGCUACCUAAUGUGACUCUGGGAUAUAGUCUUUAUGACAACUGUGCCACACUUGUUAUUGGAUUCAGUGCUGCAAUGUCAUUGGUCAGUGGUCGAGAGGAGAUGUUUCUACUUCAAGAGAAAUGUUUGGGGACCCCACCAGUCCUGGGGAUUGUGGGCGAUUCCUUCUCGACAUUUUCUAUUGCCACCUCUGAUGUGAUCGGUUUAUUCAAAUUGCCCAUUGUAAGUUAUUUUGCCACCUGUUCCUGCCUGAGUGAUCGCCAGAGGUUUCCAUCCUUCUUUAGAACAAUCCCAAGUGAUGCUUUCCAGGUGCGUGCCAUGAUUCAGAUUCUAAAACGCUUUGGCUGGACAUGGGCAGGGCUGCUGGUCAGUAAUGACGACUAUGGACUCCAUGUUGCCCGAUCCUUCCAAUCGGACCUGGCUCAGUCUGGUGGAGGUUGUCUGGCCUACUCAGAGAUUUUGCCCUGGGGUGACAACCCAGCCGAACUAAAGAGAAUUGUGGAAGUAAUGAAGAAAUCCACAGCUCGUGUGGUCAUUGUGUUUGCACAUCAGAUCCACAUGAUUCAACUAAUGGGAGAGGUGGUAAAGCAGAAUGUGACAGGCCUGCAGUGGAUGGCCAGUGAAGCCUGGACAGCAGCUGCUGUACUCCAGACCCCCCACCUCAUGCCGUACCUGGGUGGCACACUGGGAAUUGCCAUCCGCCGAGGAGAAAUACCAGGGCUCAGGGAUUUUCUGUUAAGAAUACGUCUUGACCUACACGACAACAAUGAUGAUGGAAAUAGCAUGGUGAAACAGUUUUGGGAGUCCACAUUCCAGUGUAGAUUUGCCCCACCUCCAGCAGGUUGGAUGGAAGCUGAGGGAGCACUAUGCUCUGGAGAUGAAGAUCUAGAGAAUGUGGAGACUGAGUUUUUGGAUGUUUCUAACCUCAGGCCUGAGUACAAUAUUUAUAAGGCUGUCUAUGCUCUGGCGUAUGCCCUUGAUGACAUGCUGCAGUGUGAGCCAGGGAGAGGGCCUUUCAGUGGGCACAGCUGUGGCAGUUUGCAAACACUGGAGCCAUGGCAGCUUAUGCAUUACUUGGAAAAGGUCAACUUCACCACACCAUUUGGUGAUCAAGUGUCAUUUGAUGAGAAUGGUGAUGCCUUACCAAUCUAUGAUAUCAUGAACUGGCUGUGGCUCCCUGAUGGAAGAACAAAAGUUCAAAGUGUGGGGGUUGUGAAGAAGUCGGCCUUCAAAGGUGAAGAACUCACACUUGAUGAAGACAAAAUCUUCUGGAACUUUGACUCCAAACAGCCACCCCAGUCAGUGUGCAGUGAGAGCUGUCCUCCAGGUACCCGUAUGGCUGGUAAAAAGGGGCGGCCUGUGUGCUGUUUUGACUGUGUUCCUUGUUCUGAGGGAAAAUUCAGCAAUGAAACAGACUCCAUGGAGUGCACCAGUUGUCCAGAGGACUUCUGGUCCAGCUACCAGCGUGAUCACUGUGUUCCUAAGAAAACUGAGUUCCUCUCCUACCAUGAGCCUCUGGGUAUCUGCUUGACAGCCGCCUCAUUGCUGGGCACAUUUAUCUGUGCUGUUGUCCUGGGGAUCUUUAUCUAUCAUCGCAGCACACCCAUGGUACGCGCCAACAAUUCAGAACUGAGUUUCCUGCUCUUGGUGUCACUUAAACUAUGUUUCCUGUGCUCACUGCUGUUCAUCGGUCGUCCCAGACAUUGGACAUGCCAGCUGAGACAUGCAGCAUUUGGGAUCAGCUUUGUGCUUUGCGUCUCAUGCAUCCUGGUGAAAACCAUGGUGGUUCUGGCUGUGUUCAAGGCCUCCAAGCCAGGAGGUGGAGCCAGUCUGAAGUGGUUUGGCGCUGUGCAGCAGAGAGGGACAGUUCUGGGUCUUACAUCAAUCCAAGCAGCCAUUUGCACUGCUUGGCUUGUAUCUUCCUCACCAGCACCUCAUAAAAACACUCAAUACUACAAUGACAAGAUAGUUUAUGAGUGUUUAGUCGGGUCAACGAUUGGUUUUGCAGUGUUACUGGGUUACAUUGGCUUACUGGCUAUCCUUAGCUUCCUGUUAGCAUUUCUGGCAAGGAAUCUUCCAGACAACUUCAAUGAGGCCAAGCUCAUUACUUUCAGCAUGCUGAUCUUCUGUGCUGUGUGGGUGGCCUUUAUCCCUGCUUAUGUCAACUCUCCAGGCAAAUAUGCAGAUGCAGUGGAGGUAUUUGCCAUCCUGGCCUCAAGUUUUGGCCUCUUGGUGGCACUGUUUGGACCCAAAUGUUACAUAAUCCUGCUGAGACCAGAGAGGAACACAAAGAAAGCAAUCAUGGGUCGAGGCAACACCAAGACAUAAAAAGUAACUGUAGUAAAUAUCAAUUAAUUUCAUUCAGCCUGUAUUUUAAAUAUAUUCAACAGUGAUCUGCUCAUGAAAUUACACACAAUGAGUAACGUUUUUUGAAUUUAAAACUUUCCUUAAAUAGAGGAAUAAUGAAACUAGAAGAUAUAAUAACAUUUACACAACACAUGUAUAAUAAACAUUCAUUCAAAACAGAACUUUCUCUAUUAUCUUCUCUUAAUUUUUUCUAGCAUCUCCAUCAUUGUCUGUUUUGCCCAGUUACAUUCCCUGGGAUUAGAAAUACACUUUUAAACACUAUUAAACUAUGUCAAACUAAGUGUCUGAACAAUGUGUCUGCGAAUGAGUCAGUCAUACAAUUCACUCCAGCUCAGAACCCUCAAAGAUAGAAAAUAAAUAAGCUAAUUUGAGACUGUUGUAGUUGCGCAAAGAGAAUGUCACAAAUAAAACAUGUUUUAUUCUUUUAUUCUUGACUUUCUUGAAUUGUUUAUUAAAGCUGCUUUAAUAAACAAUUCAAGACUAAAGUCAAGAAUAAAAGAAUAAAACAGGUUUUAUUUGAGGAACAAUCUGAAAACAACAUGGCCAAUAUAUUAUGUAAGACUGUCAUCCAAAGAAGAAUAACAGCAAUCGUUUGGGCAGGUGUCCCAAAACAAGAUAUGUUUACGCUUAGUGACAAAGCACUCUAGCAGGUGUAAUUAUGGCAAACGAGGAUGUCAGGUAAUGCUAUUAUUUAGCUUGCGAAGUCUGCGAAGGGAGGCUAGAUGAGCUUACAAAACUUUGGACAGCUGUUUGUUUCCUGUUUCCAACGAGUCAACAUUCUUUUAAAGCGUGACCACGAUUGUUAGAUAGAAAAAAUGGUCUCUGAUCUCAUAUCUAAAGUAUUGGCUAAAGGCAAAACUCCAUCACAGAUUGCUUUGGUUAACUUACAGAAAAUUCCUUUUCAGUUACAGUGAAAUACACAUGGAAAUAAAAUAUUAAUAAUUGCAUAAUUAA